AUGGCCAUCGACGCUCAUGGACGACAGGACGCACGUAUCCAAAACUACGCCAAAUUCUGGCAGACGGACACCAAAGAUGAAAGCGAAGUUGACAACGCUAACCGUCUGGAUUCCUACACGGAGGUCGUGAACGGUUAUUACGACGGUGCGACAGACCUCUACGAGUGGGCAUGGGGUCCUUCGUUCCAUUUCUGUCGUUUUUACCGAGGCGAAGAUUUCUACGCUGGUCUUGCGCGACACGAACACUAUCUUGCCUCCAAAAUGAAUAUCAAGCGCGAGUGGAGAGUUCUUGACGUUGGAUGUGGUGUUGGUGGCCCUGCGAGGGAGAUUGCUCAGUUCACCGGAGCGCAAAUCGUUGGUUUCAAUAAUAACGACUGUCAAAUCCACAGGGCAAGAAAGUACACACAGAAGAUGGGUAUUGACGACCGCGUGACCUUCGUAAAAGGAGAUUUUAUGAAGCUCGUUGAGCAAUUCGGCGAGGGUUACUUUGAUGCGGUCUAUGCGAUCGAGGCAACCGUUCACGCGCCUAGUUUUGAAGGCAUUUAUGGUCAGAUAUUCAAGGUCCUGAAACCCGGAGGUGUCUUCGGUGUCUACGAGUGGUGCAUGACCGAUACCUGGGAUCCCUCUAUCCCCGAGCACAAAGCCGUCGCUCAUGGAAUUGAAAUUGGAAACGGCAUUCCUGAGAUGCGACCCCUUCGUCUCGCGCGUAAGGCCCUCAGGGAGGUCGGAUUUGAGGUCGAGUAUGAAGAAGACCUUGCCGAUUACGACGAUGAAGUCAAAUGGUACUACCCACUCGAAGGUGACUUCAGCAAGGCGCAGACAUUCAGAGACUUUAUUGUCGUAUGGGUGACAUCUUGGAUGGGCAAGUUUGUCAUGCAUAACGUUAUGUGGUUCCUGGUGCUGCUCGGAUUACUCCCGAAGGGUACGAUGGAGGUUGCCAACACAUUAAAAAUUGCACAGGAAUCUUUAGUUGGGAGUGGUCGUGAUAAGCUCUUCACACCCAUGUUCCUCGCUGUUUCACGGAAACCGGCUCAUUAA